UCUAGGGUUUAUUGUGCUCCUCCAUUCAUCCUCCCGAUCAUCGCCUCCAUCGUUCCGAGAUGGCUCCAAGGAAGCCGAGAACCACAAGCCGUAAUCCUGAUCUGAUCCGCGGGAUCGGGAAGCUAUCGCGCUCAAAGAUGUAUCACAAGCGGGGCCUUUGGGCAAUCAAAGCGAAGAACGGCGGCAAGUUUCCUCACCAUGAUCCGAAGGAGAAACCAGAGAAACCUGCGGAGAAGCCGCCGAAGUAUUAUCCAGCCGAUGAUGUCAAAGUUUCUACCCGCACUCCCCGCAAGCACAAGCCAACCAAGCUCAGGGCGAGUAUCACACCAGGCACGGUACUGAUUCUUCUGGCCGGGAGGUUUAUGGGAAAGAGGGUUGUUUUCCUAAAGCAGCUGCCUUCUGGAUUGCUUCUGGUUACCGGCCCCUUUAAGAUCAAUGGUGUACCCCUUAGACGUGUAAACCAGGCUUACGUCAUUGGCACGUCAACAAAGGUUGAUAUUUCUGGGAUCAAUGUCGACAAAUUCACUGACAAGUUAUUCAGCAAAGAAAAGGAAAGGAAGAAGAAGAAAACUGAGGGAGAAUUCUUUGAAGCUGAUAAAGAGGAGAAGAAAUCUCUACCGCAAGACAGGAAAGAUGAUCAGAAAGCUGUGGACGAGCCAUUGUUGAAAGCCAUAGACGCAGUACCAGAUCUUCGCUCUUAUUUAGGUGCGAGAUUUUCUCUUAAAGAUGGCAUGAAGCCUCAUGAACUUAAGUUCUAGAUUGAAUUGUCAGUUUAUUUUUGGCUGUACCUUUUCUUCUCUAGUGAUGAAAUCUUUUUCUGAACUUAUUUUUUUAACUGCUGAGCUGAACUUUGUUUGGGACAUGUUUUUCUA